AGCCCAAUCAUUCGAAGUUCACUCAGCUGUGACCAGCAAUACAAAUCGGUAACGCAUCGGUCAACGAUUGUGAACGCGUACGCAUUCGAAAACCAAAACAGUUAAUUUUUGUUUAGCCGACAUAAAGGAUAUACAUAAUGAGAACGGUCUUCGUGCUGUUGCUGUGCGUUGGCACAGCUUUUACGGCAACUCAUGUUAAUAUCUCGAUUGCUCAACACCCGGCCACGAAUCCUGCUGACGUCACCUAUUUAGAGGGUACCGCUCCCGAGGAAUUGAAAGCGGGUCCAGCUAAGAAGCCAAGUGGAGAGGAACGUUUCGCCAGGUUACGGACAGCCGAUGAAAGUGUUAAUGUAGACAAGGUUCAGAUGAGUGGUGAGCAAAAAAAAGAAGAGGCGACGAGCUUCGUUGACAACUCAAAAUCCGCUCAGCAAGUUCAACGAAAUCCAGAACAAUCGAAUGACUUUAAGCAACAACAACAACGAUUCUAUGGACAUAUACGUCAACAGAAUCGGCAGAGUCAAUUUCGCCAAGCUAAUGCUCAGGAGAAACAGAAUCAGGAGUUCGAACGUUAUAUACAAAACUAUCACAGUGGCCCGACUGUAGAAACUGUAUUUGAAACCGCCGAUCAUUCUCCAUCCGGACGUUAUGAGUACUCAUCCUCGUCUUCAUCUUCAGGUGGUCCUGCGCGACUUGUCGCUAUCGAUUCGAAACCUUCACAGCAACAACACACCUUCGAAAGGCAAGUUGCACUUCCCGCUGCUGUAGAGACUUCCGCCGCAGCGUCUGCGGAUGAUCAGUCAAAAUCAGCGCCCGACGCAAAGAUCCAAAUUUCACCUGCACCAGUAUCUGCACAACCAGUUGUAGCUGCGCCAGCACCUGUACAUGCACACGCACCAGCUCCAUCUGUUCCAGUCGCAGCUAUUGUUCCAACUGUGCCUACAAAGACGGUUAAUACUCUACAUAGUGGUAGUAGUGACGGUGGCAAAGUGAGUCUUGGCGGUUCAUACGGUCCUAGUUUCGGCGGUGCUAGCGGCGGUUCCCAUGGUGUGACGUUUAGAGUUGCUGGCGGUGGCGGAUAUAGUCCACCAAAUUACGAUCAAAUUCCUAGCUAUGCUAAGCCCGAUUACGGACAACCCAGCUUUAGUUAUGAUCAAGGAGAUGCAGGUGGUUUUCUAAACGAAUAUCCACCAUCUGUGGAUGAGCCCGCAGGUGGUUAUGAUGGAUUUUAUCACAACCAAGAAAACGAUUAUCAUUCGAAUGGUGGUUACUUACCUGUACACCCAAAUGUGUAUCAACGUCCAGUAGUCACUAAAACUAUACAAAUUGCCCAGCCUGCACUGAAAGCGAAGAAAUUCGAAGUACGUCAUCCAGCUAUCCAAAAGGAAUUCUACGAUAUCGAAGAACGAGUUGUGAUUAAACCGGCUGGCACGAUAGUUGUUGAAUUGGAACAUCCAGUUGCGAAGAUUCCGAAAGGUGAAACGGUACUACCACUCGGUCAUCCUCAUCCAGCCAUUGCAGCACAAUACAAUAUAAAUAGCGAUGCAGACAUUGAGACCGAGUCAUCUAGCGCGGGUUCUUAUAACAACGGCGUGCGCUCAAACUCAAAUCAAGUUUAUGCAAAUGCUGCUAGAAAAAAUCCCGCACCUGUGAUUAGUGGUACACAUAUUGGCUCAACAGUUACCGCUACACCAACAAACAAUCAAAAUGCCAAACGUGAUUUUGUGGAAGCUAAUUUGCGGAAGCAAUAUGGUGAGGAGGCACAACUCCAAGCUCCCAGUGAUGCUGGGCUUGGAGAGCAAAAUUCACGCGGUAAAAACUAUUACAUACCCGAUGACACACACGACAAUCAGCGUCAAGUGUCUAACAGGAAUUUUGCGCCCAACACAUUUAGACGUGACGAGAACAAUUAUCAACGUCCAGCACGUGUUGAAGUGCAGCAAAGCGAGCAGGUGUACCGACCAAGAUUCUCUAAAAACGAAGAACAAAAUGUAUCUCCCAAGGUGCCCAACGACUUUAACAACGAAAACGAUGAAUUUAAGGGUGAGUACAUCACAGGUAACUUCUAUAGUGCAGCUAAAGACCCUAAACCUGCACGCCUACAAGAGGAACCGGCAAAGAGUGAGCGUAUUACAGCCGAACCGCAGACACGUAUCAUAAAGCAUGAGCACACAAUUAAUAUACCACCCUCUCAGCAUAACAUUUAUUUGGCCCCUAGUCGAUUUGAAGAACGUCCAGUACUUGUACAGGCACAACGUAAGCAAGCACCAUCAGCUAAGCAGCAGCCAGCCCACUUGGAAGAGGAACCCGCACGCGUGAGUGAAGUUAAAUCGUUCUUGGAUCGUCAGCGUGACGGUGUAGUUGUAUAUGCUAUACCCGCGCGUCGUCCAGUGGCCCCACAACAGCGUUAUACACAGAAUGAACGACGACAACCGCAAUACGUGUCACCACAACGCUCUUACGAACAAUUACGUUACGAUCCCGAUGGCGAUGUGGACUCAGCAGCGGUAGAAUACAGCGCACCUUACUCACAUAUGCGAUACGAUCCAAACGAAUCUGCACGCCUUACCGAAGAUGUGACAUAUCAGCGUAACGCAAAUGAGAAUGUCCCUGAACGAACCAUAACAGUACACUAUAAUCGCGGACCCGAGUCACAUGCACGUCUCAUUGCACAAAAUAAGUCAGACUCCGAAUCAAAGGCACCCGCAAAGGUAGCGGAAAGUAAUGAAGACAUCAUGUCAAAGCCCGAUGAGAUACGUCCACUUGCACAUAUCCAAUUACAAGUUCCAUAUGGUCCACAAGAAGCCGAUGAGCCCAUCCGAGUUAUGUCUUCAAUUAACCCACCUAAAGAACGUAGUCGCACCGCCAAAAUUAGUCAGCCCGAAGCUAAACAAGCCGUUGUGGAACAAGUGGUGAAUGUAAAUACCGAAGCGGCUGCCGAUGAAGGUGCUAAACAAGAAGACGCUUUACGUUCGGAAAAUAUCGAAUCACAGCCAGAUUGUGUACACAGCGCUGAGAAGGUAAAUGCACGUUAUGAAAAUGCACAACCAAGUGACUACGAUAAUGUGCAGUAUGUGGCAGAGCGCCAAAACAGGAGACAAAUCAAGUCUCAACGCUUAAUUGAUACCAGCAACUCCAACGCUAACAGCAAAGAGAAUGUCAAAGCGGCGGCCUCCGAUGCGGAAAUUGUUGAAACGAAUGCUAAAGACACAAGUGGGCAAUCAGCACCACCAGGCUCACGUGUAAUUUCCGCUAAUCCAGCGCCCAACGAUGCCUCCGCAACAAGUGAAAGCUUUCACAAACGUCGCAUUGUGGUCAAUCAUCCUUUCCAAACCGUGCGCGAAGUCGUCGAACAUGAACCGAUCACAAACUAUCAUCAAAUACAGGUGCACGAACGCGCCUCACCAACAUCCGCAUAUAACAAGGCGCCAUACUUUGCACCCAAUGGCCAACUGCGUCAAUUUGAAAUGGUACGUGUUCCAGUUAUGUACCAUCACCCAAGCAGCGCUACGCACGGCAAUUUAGUUUACGCAUUACCUGAUGCCAUUCCCGUGCACGAAGACAAUGGCGAAGUUGAGCCGAGCUAUCAGCAAAGGCGACAGCGUGUUCGCGCUUAAGCCCACUGAUUAU